AUGGGUCACCAGGGGUCACCAGGGGUCACCAGAGGUCAUCAGGGGUCACCAGGGGUCACCAGGGGUCACCAGGGGUCACCAGAGGUCAUCAUGGGUCACCAGGCGUCAUCAGAGGUCACCAGGGUUGACCCCCGUGGUGCCCGCCACCUCCUGACUUCCCAGCAUUCCUUGCCAGGGAUCCCCGUAGCGCUGAAACAGACCAUUGACCUGCGCACCUCCAUGGACGGCAAGUACAAGGAGAUUGCUGAGGAGCUGUUCUCUCGCAGCUUAGCAGAGCGUGAUAUGCUCAGCGCCCCCUAUGAGUUCCCUGAAGACAGUCCCAUAGAACAGCUGGAGGAGAGACGACAACGACUAGAGAGACAGAUCAGCCAGGAUGUCAAGUUGGAGCCAGAUAUCCUUCUGCGAGCAAAACAGGAGUUAAUGAAGACUGACAGCGCUACUGACCUAGAAUACCUGAAGGAGCAGAGCCAGGCAUUCAUGGACCUGUACCCCAAGGAGAUGGAGCGAGAAGGAGAGAAGGAGUACCAGCGGGUCGCCAUCUCUGGAGAGGAGAAAUGUGGGGUUCCCUUCACAGACCUGCUGGAUGCUGCUAAGUGUGUAGUGAAGGCCUUGUUCAUCAGGGAGAAGUACAUCGGCCUGUCCAUGCAGAGCUUCUGUCGGACCACAGCCAGCUACCUGGAGGAGCUCAGUGACAGACCACUAGAUAUGGGCAUCUACGAGGAGAUACCUGAGACUUCUGUUACUGCAGACCAGACGGUCCACCCUCCCGUCUCAGCCACUCACCCCUACGAGAACCAGGACCCUGCCUGUAUGCCUCCUGAUAUAGGCUACGGCUGCAAGAUGGUAAACGGUGUCGUCCAUAUCUACACUAAUAAGGACAGCAUGGACACGUCUACAGAGUUGGAGCUGCCUUACCCAGACCUAUCGGAGUACAUCGCUGAUAUGAACGUCAUGACGGCCCUCAUCAUCAACGGACCUGUGAAGUCGUUCUGUUACCGUCGCUUACAGUACCUGAGUUCUAAGUUCCAGAUGCACAUCCUGCUGAAUGAGAUGAAGGAGCUGGCAGCCCAGAAAAAAGUUCCUCACAGAGAUUUCUAUAACAUACGCAAGGUGGACACCCACAUCCACGCCUCGUCCUGUAUGAACCAGAAACACCUGCUGAGGUUCAUCAAGAGGGCCAUGAAGAAGUAUCCAGGGGAGAUAGUGCAUGUGGAGAGAGGCAAGGGACAGACCCUCAUGGAGGUGUUCCAAACCAUGAACCUCACAGCCUUCGACCUCAGUGUGGAUACACUGGACAUGCACGCUGUAAAUGAAAUCUCCAAGUUUGAUGCCUACCCCAUGCCCCGAGUAGACGAACUACUGGAGAAAGUUGGUAAAGCUCGGUACAUUACGACCCUGGACCUGACAAAAGGGUACUGGCAAAUUCCUCUGACCCCCAGGGCCAAAGAAAAGACAGCCUUUGCAACCCCUGACGGUUUGUUUCAAUACACCGUCAUGCCAUUCGGCUUACACGGGGCCCCAGCCACCUUUCAACGGCUCAUGAACAAGGUCCUAAAACCGCACCAGGCAUACGCCGCAGCUUAUUUAGAUGACGUGGGAAUCUACAGCCCUGAUUGGGAAUCCCACUUACCCCGGGUACAGGCGGUGUUAGACGCCCUUAGAAAGGCAGGGAUCACGGCGAACCCUGCCAAGUGUUAUGUGGGGUUAGGGGAAACAGAGUAUCUGGGAUAA